GUGGGGGAUAGAUUGAUAUAUUAUUCAUGCCUUGUGUCGGAGCGUUUGGAGAACCGGCUUUGCUGUGGCCUAGAUGACACAUAUUUAUACAUGUAUAUACGGAACGAUAUGAACCCUUGACUGGACCCUAACUGCACAGGAAAGUGUUGGGCUGGGGGGCGGAGGGGGGGAGAGGCCAACGACACUCCAAGAAAAGCACUUGCAGAGCGAAGCAAAAGAAAAAAAACAAAAAGAAAGGCUGAAGUGGGUUGAAGCAUGGGCUGUGCUUCAAGUAUUCAUAUCUCUGAUAGGGUGGUCUACCACAGUGGAAAAGAGUCCGAGGAUUCCCACUCACCCCAGCAGACUAAUACCACUCAGCAUCAAGGAAAUCCUGCCUCGGGACUACCCCUGAAACCCCCGAGCUGCAAGACCACAUUAACGGAGGUGCAAUUUGGACCAAUGAAGUUAUUUAAAGACCCACUUCAGGUACUUUUAGUUUUUGCCAAAGAGGACAGUCAGAGUAAUGGCUUCUGCUGGGCAUGUGAGAAGGCGAACUUCAGGUGCAGCAUGGCGCGAACACCCGAGUCGGCUCUUGAAUGCUUCUUGGAGAAGCAUCACGACCUUGUCAUCAUUGACCACAGACAUUCCAGACACUUUGACGCUGAAGCACUAUGCCGGUCAAUUAGAGCGGUCAACUCUUCAGAAAACACUGUGAUAGUCGCCGUUGUGAAAAGGCCAGACAGAGAAGAAGCCUCUGUGAUGCCCCUGAUCAAUGCUGGCUUUAAUAGGAGAUAUGUGGAGAAUGCCAAUAUGAUGGCCUGCUACAACGAGCUGCUUCAGCUGGAGCACGGAGAGGUGCGGGCGCAGUUCAAACUGAGGGCUGCAAAUGCUAUUUUCACAGCUCUAGAACAAAGCCAGGAGGCCAUAGAGAUCACUUCUGAAGAUCAAGUAAUUCAAUACGUGAACCCUGCCUACGAGUCCAUAAUGGGCUACCAACAAGGCGAGCUAAUAGGGAAGGAAAUUGUAGAAGUGCCUAAAAGUGAGAAGAAUAAGCCUGAUCUCCUUGAAACAAUAAACUCCUGCAUACAGAAAGGAAAGGAGUGGCAGGGGAUUUAUUAUGCCAAAAAGAAGAAUGGAGACAGCAUUCAACAAAAUGUGAAGAUCACACCUGUAAUUGGACAGGGAGGAAAAAUCAGACACUAUGUGUCUUUCAACAGGCCUUUAAAUGAUAAUAAUAAGAGUGAAAAACCCGGUGAACGUGUGCAGGCAGAGUCUCAGACAGACAUCCAAUCCAGUAAGCACAAAGACAGGAGGAAAGGCUCUCUGGACGUGAGGUCCACAACGUCUCGGGGGAGCGAUGGGAGCUCACAGCGAAGACACUCCUCAAUGGCCCGCAUCCACUCCAUGACUAUAGAAGCUCCCAUCACCAAGGUAAUCAACAUCAUCAAUGCAGCGCAGGAAAGCAGCCCCAUGCCCGUAGCAGAAGCCUUGGACCGAGUGCUGGAGAUCCUGAGGACCACUGAGCUCUACUCCCCACAGUUCGGCAACAAGGAUGAAGACCCCCACACGAACGACCUCGUGGGCGGGCUGAUGACGGAUGGUUUACGCAGAUUGUCAGGAAACGAAUACAUACUUUCCACAAAACAUGCCCACCAUAUCCCCAGCCAGCUGACAACUCCUCUGUCCAUAAAUGACAUCCCCCCUCGCAUCGCCAAAACCAUGGAGAUUGAGGACUCUUGGGACUUUGACGUCUUCAACUUGGAGGCCGCAACCAUGAAACGGCCUUUGACCUACUUGGGCCUGAAGAUCUUCUCUCGCUUUGGGGUCUGUGAAUUCCUAAACUGCCCUGAGGCAACUCUGCGCUCCUGGUUACAAUUGAUUGAAGCUAACUACCACUCCAGUAACUCCUACCACAACUCCAGUCAUGCAGCUGAUGUCCUGCACGCAACAGCCUAUUUCCUGAGCAAGGAGAGGGUCAAGCAAAGUUUGGAUCCCAUUGACGAGGUGGCUGCCCUGAUCGCUGCUACCGUGCACGAUGUGGACCACCCGGGCCGCACCAACAGCUUCCUGUGCAACGCGGGGAGCGAGCUCGCCAUCCUCUACAAUGACACAGCUGUGUUAGAGAGCCACCAUGCAGCACUGGCCUUCCAGAUCACCACGAGAGACGACAAGUGCAACAUCUUCAAGAACAUUGAAAGGAAUGAAUAUCGAACACUACGACAGGCCAUCAUUGAUAUGGUGCUCGCCACGGAGAUGACAAAACAUUUUGAACAUGUUAACAAAUUUGUCAACAGCAUCAACAAGCCACUGGCUGCUCUGGAUGAGAACGGGGCAAACGGUGACGAGGAAUCUGUCAAAGGCGUUCUGACGACUCCUGAGAAUCGUAUCCUUAUCAAGCGGAUGCUGAUCAAGUGUGCGGACAUCUCCAAUCCAUGCAGGCCUCAGGAGCUCUGCAUAGAGUGGGCUGGACGCAUCUCAGAGGAGUAUUUUGCACAGACGGACGAAGAGAAGAGACAAGGUUUACCAGUGGUUAUGCCAGUGUUUGACCGAAACACCUGUAGCAUCCCGAAGUCCCAGAUUUCCUUCAUAGACUACUUCAUCACGGACAUGUUUGAUGCAUGGGACGCUUUUGCAGACCUCCCCAAUCUUAUGCAGCACUUGGACAACAAUUUCAAGUACUGGAAAGGCCUGGACGACAGAAAGCUGCACAGCCUACGACCGCCUCCAGAGUAGGCCCAGCAGUGUUCAGCCCUGGGACGCUGCGGUCCGGGGCAGCCGUCCUCUCUCCUGCUGGGGCUUCUCUCCCCCUGCCAGCCCGGCCAGCCAAAAGGGCCUCCUCGCCUUCACUCUCCUGCUUCUGUAGCACGCCAAGCGUCCACACAUCCGUCGAUGCAGAAAAACCACAGAAGGACUUCCUGACAGGCAGUUGCAGUAGUAAACGUUGCUGGCUUUACAGCCCUGUCAGAUGAGAACUGUGACAAACAGACACGGACACAAACGGCAUCCUUAUGAACUUCUUGUGCCUCUCAGGCAUUCACAGUGUAGCUGUUCAAGAGACUUAACUGAGAGAGGGUCCUUUAUAGACCUUUUGGCAAAGCAUCCGUCCCCCUAAUCACCAAGUGGGCUCUCCGGUUUGCCUGUGAAGUUGCUGUUAAGUAAACACUGUUUGUUUAAGAAGAAGAAGGGGGGAGCGGAUGGAAGCGUGAUCUGGAUAUUGUGUCCAGUCCUUGUCAGGCCAUAUCAUCACAUGUGAUCUCAUCCCUGUGCUCGCAGCAAGGCAGGACUGCUCCUUCUGCCCCUGGAGGCCACACCAUGAAAGAACACUCCAAUGCUUGUUUUGGGCAAUAUUUUCACGUGUCCUUCAGAAACACAUUUAAGUUGACAUGUAGCUGUCAUCACGGACAUAUGGGGGGAUGCUUUCUUUCUGGGUCAGGGAGUGGAUCUUAACUUUAGGCCACUGGUGAGAGACAAAAACCUCAACAUCAUGAUCAUAGGUAACUAAUUGCAGAUGAUUUGGUAUGUUAAUUUUUCGUAGAUGUUCCAUAUUUUCUAUAUUAAAAUUCAUAAAGGAAUUAGUCGAUAAAUAAAUAAGAACAAAAUAUGAAUUUAAAAAAGAGAAAGAGAAGCCAAAGCUGAUGAAGACAAAUACUACUAUAACUCUCAAAAAUUUACAAUUAUUAUUCAUAUGAAGCAUUACCAUAUUAAACAUUUUAUUUUCUUAUCAAAAGUACAGUACCAGUUUGAAUGAACACUUUUGUAUUGCACUGUAAACAAUAUUAGAAAAUGUCUACGUCUCAGUGAUUUGUCCAGGGAUGGGAUGUUGCAUUGGAGAAUAAGCUGUUAUUGUUGAUCAUCAGGAGUUUGUGGUUGUGUGUGUGUGUGUGUGAGUGUGUGUGUGAGGGGGAGUGUGUGUUUGGGCUGUAGGUGUGUGGGUGCAUUCAUUGUUGCAACAAUCCCUUACUCUUGGUUUAAUGCUGUAAACCGCUUGACAUUUGACAACAGCAGAAAUAUGUGAAAACAUUUUGGACUUGAACAAUUUUUCUCCCAGAAAUUUUUGUAUCUGGUUUAUCCUACUGAAAAGACUGCCUUAUUUUAUACAAUAUUUAUACAGUACAUCCCACUGUGCAACUGCAACGGACAUCUGGAGUUUUUAUUAUAACGUAGUCAGAAGGUUAUGUUCAAGUAAAUCUCAAUAUUUUUAUAGACAAUGAAUUUUACACUGGAUUUGCAGCAAAUGAGAUCAGCCACUCUAGCUAUCUGAGUACCUGUGAAUUGGAUGGCCACACAGCGUGUACACAGAGAACUGAAUGGUAACGAAGGAUGUGGAUCGCAGAGUUGUCUAUCACUGUCUCUGAGCAGUCUCCUGGAGGCCAGCUUGCAUUGAUUUCUGAUCAAACAUCAUUCUACUUUGGCCACUUGUCCAACGCCCUUAUGCACAAACCCAGGGAACAGCUUUUUGUUCAAGUUUGGUUUCAGAUUAGGAUACUAAUAUAUGUUAAAGAUUGUUGCUUAUUAAGAAUAUGUCCUCUUUAAAACAGUAUAUAAAUGCCAUAACAGCUAAGAAAAAGAUGGUUAAUGAGCUGUAUUGACCAUGGUUAUCUUUUGUUUCUCUCUUAUGACAGAAUUGUACACUCGAUCAGGGGAUUUGUUUGUUCCUUCUUAUUCACAUCUUGGUCUGAAGGCACGGAAAAAAUUAGAAACUAUUCAAUGAAAAAUAAAAAUAAUGUCAAUUAUAA